AAAUGUGCUAGAAUUCUCUAGGUAGGAAUAUCGCAAAAAAAUAUGAUCAAUGGCUCAUUCGAGAGAAGACAUCCUUUCCGAGUUAUGACAUCGGCCAGUAUUGAAAUCUGACAUCAGUGACAGGAAUGAUAGAUGUUUUCGCGAUCUAAUGAACUUUCAGUGUAGCGAGAGAGACUUUAUCACAGUGCUACAUCAUACCGGACGAAUUUCUACCUGCUUGAACGCCAAUAAAUUAGACACACAUGAAAACAUGAAACUACCCAGGGAAUCAAUAGAGCAUCACUCGGAGAUGCACGAAAACAAUAUAACACUGAACAUGGGUGAACCUUUCCUUUAAGAUAGUGAGAGUGAAAUACCGCUCGUAAGCAGUUUUCUUGUUGGACAGUUCUGUCCAGCAACGAUUCCGUUUCCUCAAACCAUUUCCUAGUAGGACCGGUAUGUGCGUAAAGAGAGAGGAGAAACGUCACGUCACGGAAUAGCUUUCUACCCCCAAACUCUCGUUUGGUUUUUGCAGAUUUUAAUCGAAUAUUGAAUUUAUGUCUCUCGUUUUAAUUUCACCAGCGUGUGUUGUGUUUCAUAAAGAAUAUCGUCAUAUAAUGCAAUUGGAGAACGUUGCAUAGUAACAGCAUUCCUGGUUUUGGUAAGAGAAAAAAAAAGAGGUGCGGGGGCGGUGGGCUAUAAAGGCUACGAGCGCAAAGCACACUGGGAGGGAGAGUCGGUUUUGGCGUAAUUUCACUGUUAGCCGACCCAUGCAUUGGGCGCUCAAGGAUAAUUUCUAAGGUGUUGAGUUUUAGUCUGAAUUAUAUUUAUUUCCAACUGGAGGAAAAUAUCAAAUUGUAAUGGCAGAAAACAAUUUCCCUCCCCUGCCUGGCUUCAUCCCUCUGAAGCCGUGUUUCUAUCAGGACUUCAAUGAGAUCCCAGAUGUACACCGCUCCAUCUGCAAGAAGCUCUACUACCUAUGGAUCUUCAACAGUGCCACCUUGGCGGUCAAUCUGAUUGGCUGCCUGGCAUGGAUGUGCGGCGGGGGCGGAGCCACUAACUUUGGCAUGGCUAUUCUGUGGCUCAUCCUGUUCACCCCCUGCUCCUACGUGUGCUGGUUCAGACCCAUCUACAAGGCCUUCAAGACUGACAGCUCGUUCAACUUCAUGGCAUUCUUCUUCGUGUUCAUGGCCCAGGUGGUGAUCAGCAUCAUCCAGUGUAUAGGCAUUCCAGGCUGGGGCAUCUGUGGCUGGCUGGCUACCAUCACCUUCUUCAGCACCAAUAUAGGCUCCGCUGUCGUCAUGCUGAUCCCCACCAUCAUGUUCACUGCCAUGGCUGUCCUCUCCUUCACCGGGCUCACCAAGGUGCACAACAUGUACCGUGGCACUGGGGGCAGUAUGAGUAAAGCCCAGGAGGAGUGGACCACCGGGGCCUGGAAGAACCCUCACGUCCAGCAGGCAGCGCAGCAGGCCGCCGUGGGGGUGGCGCAGGGAGCCAUGCAGCAGCAACAGCCCCAGUACUCACAGGCACCCACCUACAAUUAUGACGACCCGGGCAUGUAGGGCAGGGAGGAGGAGAGGGUGGGAGGUAAGGGGUGAGGAAUAGCCAGGGUGACAGUCUGUUUCUGAUCUCGCGUCAGUUGUUAUGAGAGCAGAAACCGAGCCUCCCAGGCUAGGUGAGGGACAGACUGGGGAGAUGAAAAGGGAUGAUCAUCAAAUGAGAACCACAAUUCACGAUUACAUUCAGAUAAUUCUUAGAUAACAAAAAUAUAUACAGUGGGGAGACAAAGUAUUUGAUACACUGACGAUUUUGCAGGUUUUUCUACUUACAAAGCAUGUCGAAGUCUGUAAUUUUUAUCAUAGGUACACUUUAACUGUGAGAGAAGACGGAAUCUAAAACAAAAAUCCAGAAAAUCACAUUGUAUGAUUUUUAAGUAAUUCAUUUGAUACAAAAUUAUAGACCUCUACAUUCUUUGUAAGUAGGAAAACCUGCAAAAUCGCCAGUGUAUCAAAUACUUGUUCUUUCAUACUGUUUUGAUUUUGCUUCAAAAGGUUUUUCCUAAAUGUAGGAAUAAUAAUUUUACAAAACUCUGAACACCUAUUUCCUAACAUGGACCAGCACUCCAACCAUGCACAUAGUUAUUACACAUAGUAAUAACAUAUUACACACACACGCACACACAAUAUUAAUUUCUCUGCUUCCAUGUGCCAGACAGACACUUGCACUGCCCUGUAAUGCUCAUUAGCUUUGAAUAGAAGAACCCAACACUGUCUUACUAGAGCCAUUGCAACGUUUCAAAAAAAUACAUUAGUUUUAGUACAUUUGACUUGACGCUCUUAUCCAGAGAAACUUACAAUAGUGAGCAUACAUUUUUUGUACUUUAUGUUUGUACUUGUCCCCCGUGGGAUUUGAACCCACAACCCUGACAUUGCAAGUGCCCUGCUCUACCAACUGAUCCACACAGGGACCUAGUGGGGUAGGUGUGUGAUGUUCUGUCAUGUUUUUGAAAAACAGUUUAUACUUGUUUUUGCAGUACUGUAUUAUUGUCAAGGAUGCAGUUUUGCCACAUGGACAUGACAAAAAUGCAGAAAGAUCGAAUUUAAUCCUAUUUAAAAAGGAUUAUCACAAUUUUGUCCAUGUUGAAUUUUGAUUUUGUAUCACUUAGAUUCUCAGGAAUAGACAUCUACUUUGUUUUAGACAUAAAAUGACUUUAUUGUAUUCAUCUUUUUUUUAAAUUUUUUUUUUUAGAUCUUAGCUAGUUGCUAGAUGGCUAAUAGCUACAUGUUAGUCUGUCUACAGUAGAAAUAGCAGACGUUCUGUUGGCGUCGUCAACAUUAGCCAUAUUAGAGGUGUUCAAUUCCUCAACAUUUACAGAUUUAUUUCAGGUUAUGGGGAGUGUGUUUUGAGCGAGCAUGUUAUUCUGUUGACUAUAAAGUGAAAUAAUUCAUAGAUGUUUAAUAAUAACAACCAAUUUAAUCACACGUGUACAGUGUUAAGGUCUUACGUAUAGGAUGGAACAUUCCAGAUAAGUCUAUGACUACUGUAACCCAGUUAAGAAUUUAGACUAGGUGAAACAAAAAUCGUUCCAUCUGUAAAGGGGCAGAUAGUUCUGUCUAUAGGGGGCAGAUAGUUCUGUUUAUAAGGGGCAGAUAGUUAUGUCUAUAGGGGGCAGAUAGUUCUGUUUAUAAGGGGCCAGAUAGUUCUGUCUAUAGGGGGCAGAUAGUUCAUUCUAUAGGGUGCAGAUAGUUCUGUCUAUAGGGGGCAGGUAGUUCUGUCUAUAGGGGGCAGAUAGUUCAUUCUAUAGGGGGCAGAUAGUUCUGUCUAUAGGGGGCAGGUAGUUCUGUCUAUAGGGGGCAGAUAGUUCUGUCUAUAGGGGGCAGAUAGUUCUGUUUAUAAGGGGCAGAUAGUUAUGUCUAUAGGGGGCAGAUAGUUCUGUUUAUAGGGGGCAGAUAGUUCUGUCUAUAGGGGGCAGAUAGUUCAUUCUAUAGGGGGCAGGUAGUUCUGUCUAUAGGGGGCAGAAGGGAAUGAUGGGAACAAUGGAACAUUUUCAAAACUUGGUCUUAAUUCCCCAUUGAAGAUAUAGUAUUUGCUAUUUGUAGAUGGACAGAUGUUAGAUGUUAUGAAUGUUUAUUCCCAUUGGUCAAUCCUCUCACUAAUCCUAAAGUGAACCCUGUGAAGCAAAUGCUUUAAAAGAAAAAAAGACUACAUUACCCAGGGGGCAAAUCUGGUUGCAAUGAUGUCAACGUGACAUCAUUUCAAACACUUUUGCCUGCUGGGUAAUGGUGGAGUUGAACCUUUACAAGUGAAAACAUAAAAUGUGGCUGUCAACGUUAGUACAUGAGUAUAGAUGUGAUUAUGGUAUAUAUAGAAAACAUUGAAUAUUGUUUAUACAAACAUCUCAUUUUAUGAACUGAAACGGGAAGAAAAUAACUGUAGCCUUUAUGAGUAUCGAUGUUUUCAUUUAGAGAUGGAACUACCGCAUAGCUACAUUUGACUGCAGUGGAAAAUGUUUUAGUCUCAAGAAAGUUAACUCUGAAAAUGUAAAAGAUGGAUAUUACAAAAAUGUGUAAUACAAUAUUAGACUUGAAACAUAUGUGAAGAUGUGUACAUGAAUGCCAGAUAUUUAAAAAACAAACAAAAAAAAACAGUGAAUUGUCUUGUCUGAUUGUGUGAUGAUGUUCAACAUGAUUUUAUUUUAAAUAUUUCUCAAAACUUU